CCUCCUCCCAGUUAGAAUACUUCAACAUGGCCGCCGUUGCUCACUAAACCCUCGGAAGUGCAGGGGUUGUGUUCCUCUUCUGGGCAGGAAAACUGCAUUUUGAAGAACAAUCUUUGAAAAAGAAGGAUUUAGAGAAGAGGAAAGAAGAGAGCAGACGACGACCACACACUGCUGCUGCUGCUCCUGCUGCUGCUGCACCAAAGCAACCUCUGACUGUUCCUCAGGGAGGAGGUGAGGUCGAUCAGAGGUUCUGGAUGGUUCACAGUCUGUAAACCAUUGUUCUUCAGCACCUUCGCCGACAGCAGCAGUGGGCGGAGUUUGACUGUUACAGCAUCAGUAGGUGGCGUUGGCGUUGCAGGGGGCGGAGCAUGUGGAGAGGUUGUUGUGGUUGUCAUGGAGCCGCAGGAUAAGAAGCAGGGGGACAGUGCUGUGACUCUGGGUCUGACCACUGGUCAGGCUCUGGUCAAACUGCGGGACCAGCUGAGCAAUCUGCUGGAGGAACACCAGAGGGCAGCACACAGAAACUUGUCUGUCCAGGACCAGUGGCUGAACAGCUUCCUCUACCAUGGCAACCGUCACUCCUGUUUCCACUGGCCUGGAGCCGCCCUCACCCUCCUGGUGUCCCUGGGGUUCCUGUGCUGUCACGGCAGUCAGCCCCUGGGCAGUUCAGGUAUCGAGCUGGUGAACGCCGCCGCCCUGCUGCUGCUCUUUGUCCUCAACCUGCUGCUGGGGGGACGUCAGGAGAGGCUGAAGAGGAGUGAGAUGGUGCGACGCCUGAGGAGCAUCAUCACCCAGCUGAGCCAUUAUGUGUCUGGGGGUGUGGGUGACGUCCGCUGGUCUCAGUGUCUCUACCCUGACCUUCACACUCCCACGUCUCCGUCCUGGUCUCUGCACUGGACGUACAGAGACUCUCAGCUGGUCAACCUUCCCAUCAGUCUCCUGGUGGAGGGGGACGUCAUCGCUCUGAGGCCUGGGCAGGAAGCCUUCGCCUCCCUCAGAGGGAUUAAGGACGAUGAGCACAUCGUACUGGAACCUGGAGAUUUAUUCCCGCCCUUUUCCCCGCCUCCUUCACCACGAUCCAAUGAGAAGAGAGGACCCCAGAACCCCCAGCAGCAUCGGCUCUUCAGGGUGGUCCGGACUCCAGUCCUGGACCCAGUCAGGAACAGCCUGGAGGCGGCUCUGUCACGGCCAAUCACAGUUCUUGACAACGAGCGGGUCACGGGCCCGUCGGUGAUCACCAAGAUCGUCUGUCCUGUGGUUCUGGUGGCGUUCCUGCUGGUGAACACCAUUCGCUAUUUCUGCAACACACCCAGUCUCACCCCACCCUGCUACAACUUCUUUCAACUACAGUUGAUGGGUGUUCUGCCCAUCCUGCCCCUGCUUUUUCCCGUCAUGUGGGUUUUGGUGAACGCCUUUGGAGAAGCCCGGGUCUUGGCAGAGUUCAGCCGAGUCACUCCAGUUGGUCUGCUGGCUAAGUUCUCUGAGGACACUCUCAGCAGUUACACGGAAGUGGUUUCCUCCAAGGAGAUGCUGCGCUAUGUGUGGAGACACUUUGUGGGGGUGUUGAAGGGAGAAUCCCAGACGCUGUGCUACACCUCCAGUCUGUUACACACUCUGGGAUCUGUCACUGUUCUGUGUUGUGUGGACAAACAGGGAAUCCUGUCCUGGCCUAAUCCCAGUCCAGAGACUGUGCUGUUCUUCAGUGGACGAGUGGAACCACCUCACAGCAGCCAGGACGACCUCAGAGACGACCUGUCCGUCAACUCCUACUGUCGGGUGGAGAUGGACGAGGACAGGGAAGAGGUCGGGGAGGUCCAGGCUCUUCUGUGUCCACCACCAGAGAUGUCUUCUCAGCAGGGGGAGGGGCCUGAGCUUAGCGAGACCUCCCAUGAUAAUGUGUGCUCCUCUGACACGGUCCGACGUCGACGUCCCUGCCAGCCCGCGACCACUAGGACAAAACACCACUCUGGUUCCAACGUUAGCUUCAGCCGUGACACAGAGGGAGGGGAGGACGACCAGGACUUUGCUGUGGGCUGUCCAGAUGCUGAGGCCGAAGACUUCGUCUGCGACUACCACCUGGAGAUGCUAAGUCUGUCUCAGGACCAGCAGAACCCGGCCAGUAUCCAGUUCGAUGACCUCUCCUGGCAGUGUCACCUGCCCUCCCUCAAACCUCUGGGUCUCAACAUCAUGUUGAACCUGUGUAACGUAGGAGUGACGCAGCAGCUGUGUCGUUUUGCGGACCACCUGUCCAACAUGGCCCUGCAGGAGAGCCACGGCUCCGUCACGCCCAUCUACGUCCCCUGGGGGCUCUGUGAACUCUCCAGACUCAUCGGCUUCACUCCUGGAGCUCGUGAGCUCUUCAAACAGGAGAACCAUCUGGCUCUGUACCAGCUGCCGUCAGGAGAGAAGACCAAGGAGUUCACCUCCAGACACCUGCACUACUUCACCAAACGUCAGCCGCCAAUGUCCCACCUCAUCUCCCUGUUUGUACAAGACUCCUCCUCUAACAACAUCCAGAUGCUGUCACAUGGAUCAGCUGACCUGAUCCUGGAGGCCUGCACUGACUUCUGGGACGGAACUGACAUCUAUCCUCUGUCAGGUUCAGACAGGAAGAAGGUUCUGGACUUCUACCAGCGGGCCUGUCUCUCAGGGUACUGCUCAGCCUUCGCCUACAAACCCAUGCAGGUUUCUCUGUCGGCCCAGCUGAAUGGGAAGUGUGUGGAACUGACCCCGGGCCCCUGUCUCUUCUCAGGGGUGGAACUUCCCUCCACCACGCCCAUCAAACAUGGUUCCUACAGGAACAGCUGGAGCUCUGAUGAGGGCAUAGGUGAAGGGGUGGAGCGUGAGGACUGUGUCCAGGCCCUGAGUGGACAGAUCUUCAUGGGCAUGGUCUCCUCUCAGUUCCAGGCCAGACUGGACACGGUCCGACUCAUCGAUUCUCUGGUCACUGCCUGCAUUCGCUUUGUUUACUUUUCCAUGGAAGACGAGCUCCGCAGUAAGGUCUUUGCAGAGAAGAUGGGAUUAGAGACGGGCUGGAACUGUCACAUCUCUCUGACACCGAACGGUGACAGUCCCUGUGAUGGAGCGCCAUCUAGUCCUAGUCAUGGUUCCCUGCACGAAGACCUGAACCAAGAGUCUCGUGAUGAAGCUGAAGGUCCGCUGCUGCCUGAGGAAGAGGCCCGCUCUGACAUGGUCAGCUUCCAGCCCACAGACAGUGACGUGCCCAGCUUCUUGGAGGACUGUAACAGGGCCAAACUUCCUCGUGGUAUCCACCAGGUCCGUCCUCAUCUGAAGAACAUUGACAACGUUCCUCUUCUGGUGCCGCUCUUCACUGACUGCACUCCCGACACCAUGGGUGAGAUGAUGAAGAUCAUGCAGGAGAACAGGGAGGUCACAUGUUGUUUGGGAAGUGCUGCGAAUUUCCGCAACAGCUGCCUGUUUCUUCAGAGUGACAUUGGCAUCGCUCUGGACCCUCUGUAUCCAUCUCAGUGUUCGUGGGAAACCUUCGGUUACGCCACCGGAGGAGGUUUCACUGGUGACAGUGAAGCUCUGACUCCUCUGCGUCUGUCUGGACAACUCAACAGUCUGGGCUGUUCUGUCACUUUUCACCAGGGGGAGAGCGUGAGCAUCAUAAAACUCAUUGAACAGGCUCGACACACGACCUACGGCAUCAGGAAAUGUUUCCUGUUCCUGCUGCAGUGUCAGCUCUGUCUGGUCAUCAUCCAGUUUUUAGCUUGUUUGGCUCAACUUCCUCCACCGAUGAACACUACUGACAUCUUGUGGUUGUCCUGCUUCAGCUGCCCUCUUCUAAGUGUGUCUCUUUUGGGGAAACCCCCGGAUUGUUCCGUCAUGGGUGUUGCCACUGGGAAAAACUUGGAUGCCAUUCCAAGGAAGGUGAGGUGUGAGGUUUUUAACGUCCUGAAAUGUUUUUAAUGGGUUUUCUUUGCCCCUGAACU